AUGGAAUUGAUCGAAACAGGAGGAGGGGAAGAGGUAGAAGAAGAACUUACUUCUAGUGGUAGCGAAGAGGAUGAUGUGCCGCCAGCGAAGAGGACAAGGCAAGAGGAGUCAACGGAGGAGGAGGAAGAGGCCUCUCCCCCCCUAACUCCUCCCUUUGUUGCUGGAGACUAUGGUAGUGCUUCUGUAGCAACAGAAGAGAUGGCGCCAACAGAAGCAGCAGCGCCAACAGCAGCAACAGAAGAAGAAGAUACAGCAGAACAACUGCGACGGCAGAUAUUGGAGUAUGUUGGUCAAAUUUUAGCAGACGAUGACGGGAUGACAGGAGGGGAUGAAGAAUUAGAGUACGCUGUAUGGGAGAAUUUACUAACAACCAUGCAGGAUACGCCGCCCAUACAAGAACGAGAGAAAGAAACGGGAGACGAGAAGGAGAGGAAAAGAAGGAAACGAAAAAGUAAAGAAGAAAAGGGAGGGAAUGGGAGGAAAGUGCGCCAAAAAGAUGCGCUUGAAGGCGUUCGGUCGCCUGCCCACAGCCCGCUUUGGUCUGAUGAUGGAGCAGAAGUAGAAACAAAAGCAGGAGAAGAAAAGGAGAAGGCAGAACAAGAUACACCCGUACAAAAACGAAAGAAAGAAAGGGGAAACGAGAAGGAGACAAAAAGAAGGAAACGAAAAAGGGAAGAAGAAAGAGGAGGGAAGCGGAGGCAAGUGCGCCAAAAAGAUGCGUUUGACGGCGUUGGGUCGCCUGGCCUCAGCCCGCUUUGGUCUGAUGAUGGAGCAGAAGUAGGAAGGAAAGCAGGAGAAGAAGAGGAGAAGGCAGAGGAACAUAUACCCGUACAAGGACGAGGGAAAAAAACGGGAAACAAGAAGGAGACAAAAAGAAGGAAACAAAAAAGGCAAGAAAAAGGAGGAGGGCAUGGGAGGCAAGUGCGCCAAGAAGAUUCCUUUGGAAGCAGUGAGUCGCCUGACCUUAGCCCACUUUGGUCUGAUGAUGCAUCAGAAGUAGGACUAUAUGCAGGAGAAGAAGAGGAAGUCUCAGAAGAAGAUACAUCCUUUGCAGAUUCUGGUGACGAGGGUCCUUCUACUGGUCCUAGUUUUGCACUGCUUAAGAGACUGCAGCAGCGGGGAGGGAGAAGAACAGAAAGAGAGUUCAUAAGUAGGGCAGUAGGAAGUUUUAAAUUCGAUCCUCUUCAGCCAUCUAAAGGACUAGUCCUAGUAAACCAGCCUGGACGAGGCUGGACGAGACAAGAGGCGUUACCGGAGGUGGACGAAGAGCCUUUUUCCCCCUUAUCUCCCCUCUAUGCUGCUGGGGAUCAUGCUGUUGCUGAUGUAACAACAGAAGAGUCGUCAACAACAGAAACAGCGUCUCCUACAGCAACAACGGAAGAAGAAGAUGCAGUAGAAGAACUGGAGCAGCAUAUGGUGCUAUACGUCGCGGAUUUGUUAGCAGAAGAUGAGGGGAGUAUAGCAACAGAAGAAUUAGAUUACGCUGGGUGGCUGGAAUUAAUAACAGGCAUGGACGAUAUGCAGUCCAUAGGAGAACGAGAGGAAGAGGCGGGAAACGAGGAGACAAAAAGAAGGAAACGAAGAAGGAAAGAAGAAAGAGGAGGGAAGGAGAGGCAAGUACGCCAAAUAGAUUCGACUGAAAACGAUUGGCUGCCUUUCCUCAGCCCGUUUUUGUCCGAUGAUGAAUCAGAAGUAGGAACAAGAGCAGGAGAAGAAAAGGAAAAGUCCGAAGAAGAUACACCUGUUACAGAUUCUGGUGACGAGGGUCCUUCUACUGGUCUUAGUGCUACACAGCGUAAGAGACGGCAGCGGCGGAGAAGGAGGAGAAGAAGAGAAGGCAGUUUCUUAGCUAGUGUAGCAGCAGCAUUCCCGUUCGAUCCUCGUUAUCAACCUCAAGGAACAGUCCUAGUAAAUCCCAUUGGUUGCCCGUCUGAUGAAGAGGAAGAACAACAACAGCAACAAGAAAAAGAAGAACAACAACUGCAAGAAGAAGAAGAAGAAAGAGAAGUAGAAGAAGAUAUGGAAGAACGAACAAGAAGACGUACAUCGAGACAACUGGAAUACACCGUUCAUGUACCACAUACCGACGCCUCAUACGUCGUUGGCGGCAAAGAAAUCACAGACGAAAGUCUAGUUGGUUUGCUGUGCUUCGUCUGUUGCUAUUCUCUGUCAGGGGCAGCCGGCGUUACUAAUAGUCUCUGUGCCUCUUCCUUCUCCAGAAGAGCAACGACAGCUGCAGCAGCAACAGCUGCAGCAACCGAUGUAAACCACCACCCCUUCUACAGACGUCCUCUUGUAGCCAGUGAUGCCGUUCUUUCCAGGGACUUACAGUGGAGGGGUUGGUCAACAUCUCGACGGACCUUAAGCGAAACGGAUGCUCUCAUAAGGAUUAAAGAUAUCUUGAAGAAGCCAAUAUUAGACUCAGGAGACCUCGAUCGUCUAUCGGAGUGUCUCGAGCAGCUAGUUGGGCAAACACUGCAACGGAAAAAGGAGGUCAUCGAUGAGCGAAGCCCUGAUUAUGUUGUAGAGAGGCUCGCCAUGGCUGUGGUGCUUACAGAUGCAAUGUUUGUUGCAGCAGAGGUAUUAGGAGAGGAUGCCAAGAGAGACGAAUGGUGGGGAGCAAUAUUAGACACCCUUCCGGUGUAUACACGCCCCUCUCGGUCUUCCGUUUCCCGCCGCACAGCAGAGCAAAGUGUGCUGUUGGCAAGGCUGCUGCAGAAUGCACUUGAAUUCUAUAAAGGGGGGCUCAGACCCCCUUCAGGUUAUCUCGUUCCUGUUAAGCAAAUUAUCUUCUCUACACCGGCGGUGACGGCGUUGCAGAGAGGUCCAUGGGCGCGUUUCCGGGAUGAUGACGUAGAGUGGCAGCAGCAGCAGCAGCAGCUGCUGCACUUGCAGGAUCGGCUGCAGGAAUCGGAACCAACGCAACACGAACAGCAGCCGGAAGAGUAG